GAAUAACGCCCCGACCUGUGACUUGAUAUCCUGACACUUCCUCCUAGUAACUGGUCAGUGCGAUAUUACCUAUCCGAAGGUGUUUACGCUCCACUUCGGUCUUCAGAUCCAGACAGUAAUUAUGGCUGCGACUCAGAAAUGCUACGCUAAAGGAAGCUGUGCUCCUGGUCCCGUACCCCAGGGCCAAAUUCGGAUCUACAGCAUGAGAUUCUGCCCUUUUGCUCAGAGAACCAGACUGGUGCUCAAAGCAAAGGGUAUUAACCAUGAAACAGUGAACAUUCAUUUGAAAGAGAAACCUGAGUGGUACCUGGAGAAGAACCCCCUUGGUUUGGUGCCGACAUUGGAGCUCCCCAGUGGUCAAGUGAUCUAUGAAUCGCCGAUCACAUGUGAAUACCUGGACGAAGUGUAUCCUGGGAAAAAGCUGACACCCUCUGACCCCUUUGAGAAAGCCCAGCAGAAGAUGCUGCUGGAGGAGUACUCAAAGAUCAUUCCAUUGUUCUACAAGAUCCCUGGAAGCAGGAAAAACAGUGAGGAUGUGUCUGCAUUGGAGGCAGAACUGAUGGAGAAACUCUCCAAACUGAAUAAGGUUCUUGUGAACAAGAAAACCAAAUACUUUGGUGGUGACUCAGUCACUAUGAUUGAUUACCUGAUCUGGCCGUGGUUUGAGAGGGCCGAGGCAUGGCAGCUGAAUCAGUGUCUGGACGGCACUCCGGAGUUGAAGAAAUGGAUUUUGCUCAUGCAAGAGGAUCCAACUGUGAAGGCCAUCAUGUUCGACGCAGAAACACACAAAGCCUUUUUCAACUCAUACAUGGCUGGAAAUCCCAAUUAUGAUUAUGGUUUAUAGAUUUAUGUACAUACUGAAGUUGAUGUGACCAUCAUGUUAAUUUUGUAGUCAAAUUUUUCCACUUUCCAGUCAUAUUGAGGAUGAUAUGCUCUGUAUAGCAUUAGAAAAUCAGAAGGACAGCAAUAAUGGAAUGGCAAUAUUGGCAUAUAAACAGUGUGUUUUUGGUGCUUGUUUUGCUCUUUGGAGGUGUGGAAAUGUUUUAUCCUUUCAAGCAUCUACAUGUUCUGGUCUUAAAGCAAAUAAAUUUUGUAUAACCAAUAAUGUCGGCAAUGUUAAAUAAAUGUACUUUCUAUAGGCAGAUGUACUUUGGCUGAACUUAUAAUCCUUUACUUUUAUAACAUUCAUCACAAAAAGUGCAAUAGAUUUUUAUUACACUAGGAAGGAGGAAAAAAACAACUAUUCAUUAUUUUUGCAUUACUCAUUAUGCAGUAAGUGGCAGGUGUGUGGCAUUUGGAGAAACUAGACAAAAAGAAGGAAAACAACAUGUACUGUGUAUUAUGUAUUCAUGUUGAGCUUUUAAUGUUUUAUACAUUUUAUUGCAAAUGAUAGGAAUAUAAAUUACAGACAUUCUUGUAACCUCAA